AUGGGCAGUACUCACCAGGAGCUGCCUUACUGGCAGGUGAAUAUCCCCGAACAUCUAAGAACCGCCGAGUGCCCCGACUUCCUUCGCAACCUCACCGACAAGGAUCGUGGCAUCAUUAGCACGCCGGACAGCGAAUAUGAGAUCGACUCUUGGGCCGUGGUGCAAAAAAAGGUGGCACAGAACCGGCUUGAGCUUUUCCAACGAGUCCCGUCCGAGCUCCGCCGGUAUCUGGGUUUUACCUGGAAGCUUAGACAAGAUCACGGCAGCGUCAUGAACUUUAUUUUGACGCAAAGACUGCGGUGGACGCUUCCGAUCACGCCGAGGGGCCGUCCGUUUGAGUUUGACGACGAUGUCAGGGUGCUGAGAAAUGACUGGCCGUAUGGUAUCGACAAGCGGAUCGUGCACCUCGUUGUCUGGACCAAGUUUGCGCUCGAGGAGGACCCCGCGACAGGGGAUUUGACUGAUGCAGCGCGGGCUGAGAUUGAUUCCUACGUCUCCAAGACGUUUUCUAAAAUGCUCCCGAAUCAUGUCAUCUGGUUCAAGAAUUGGGCUUCACUCAAGUCCGUAAAAUCGGUGGAGCACUUCCACGUAAUGCUGUUUGAUCCAAACAUGGAAGUUGUCGAUGAGAUAACCAGCGGCGACGUUCCCCUAUGCGAGAAGGAAUGA